CGUGGCUUCCGGCGGCAGGCGCCGCGCUUGCGCUGUUCCGGCCGGAUGGCGGCUCCGCUGCUCGACACGAGCCUGCCGGGGGAUGUGGCGGCUGCGGCCUCUGCCACGCUGGGCAUGUCGCGCACUGGGCUGUCGGAUAUGCUUGCAUUAGACAGUGAUUUCUUCAAUUCUCCCCCAAGAAAAACUGUUCGGUUUGGUGGAACUGUGGCAGAAGUCUUACUGAAAUACAAAAAGGGUCAAACAAAUGACUUAGAGUUGUUGAAGAACCAGCUCUCAGACCCUGAUAUAAAGGAUGACCAGAUCAUUAACUGGCUGCUGGAAUUUCGCUCCUCUGUUAUGUACUUGACAAAAGACUUUGAGCAACUUAUAAACAUCAUAUUGAGAUUGCCUUGGUUGAAGAGAAGUCAGACAGUGGUGGAGGAGUAUUUGGCUUUUCUUGGUAAUCUUGUGUCUGCGCAAACUGUCUUCCUUAGACCAUGUCUCAGCAUGAUUGCUUCUCAUUUUGUACCUCCCCGAGUGAUCAUUAAGGAAGGUGGCGUAGAUGUUUCAGAUUCUGAUGAUGAAGAUGACAAUCUUCCUGCAAAUUUUGACACAUGUCAUAGAGCCUUGCAAAUAAUAACAAGAUAUGUCCCAUCGACACCAUGGUUUCUAAUGCCAAUACUGGUAGACAAAUUUCCAUUUGUGAGAAAAUCAGAGAGAACAUUGGAAUGUUAUGUUCAUAAUUUACUAAGGAUAAGUGUGUAUUUUCCAACUUUGAGGCGUGAAAUCCUGGAGCUUGUUAUUGAAAAAUUACUCAAGUUAGAUGUGAGUGUAUCCCGGCAGGAUAUUGAAGAUGCUGAAGAGGCAGCAGCUCAGUCUUGUGGUGGGACAGAUACCACAGAAGGAUUGUUUAAUAUGGAUGAAGAUGAGGACACUGAACCUAGAAAGAAAGCUGACCUAGAUCGGCCUAGCCAGAUGGCUCAUCCUAUCGCCGAGCGCCUGGAUAUCCUGCUGUCCUUGCUUCUGUCCUACAUUGAGGAUGUCUGCCAUGUGGAUGGUAAUAACCAGAGUAACCUAGAUAGUUGGUCGAUAUCUUGCAAAUGAGAUAAGAAAGGGUCA